UCUUGAUGAAAGUGAAAGAAGAAAGUGCCAAAGCAGGACUGCAGUUGAACUUUAAGAGAAAAAUCAUGGCUAAAAGAACUGUUGUUAUGUACCAUGGUGCUGUUUGGGACUAAAUCUACCAUUUAAGGAAGGUAAUUUUCUGCUGUCUGAAAAAGAACUGCAGUGCGGAUUUAUUCUCCUCCAACCACUAGGUACUAAUAUGGUUAAUGCAGGAAACAUGAAUGGUUCCGGAAAUCUGAUGGAUUUUUUGGAUGAACCUUUCCCUGAUGUCGGAACUUACGAAGAUUUUCAUACCAUUGACUGGUUAAGGGAAAAAUCACGUGAUACAGAUAGACAUAGGAAGAUCACAAACAAAAGCAAGGAGUCAAUAUGGGAGUUCAUCAAAAGUUUACUGGAUGCCUGGUCAGGCUGGGUCGUGAUGCUGCUGAUAGGACUGCUUGCAGGCACAUUAGCCGGAGUUAUAGAUUUAGCUGUGGACUGGAUGACGGAUUUGAAGGAAGGUGUGUGUUUAUCAGCAUUUUGGUACAGCCAUGAGCAAUGCUGCUGGACCUCUAACGAGACAACCUUUGAGGAUAGAGAUAAAUGUCCUCAGUGGCAAAAGUGGUCUGAACUUCUAGUUAACCAAUCUGAGGGUGCAAGUGCUUACAUUCUAAAUUAUUUUCUUUACAUUUUGUGGGCUUUACUGUUUGCUUUCCUGGCUGUCUCCCUGGUCAGGGUAUUUGCUCCCUACGCCUGCGGCUCUGGAAUUCCAGAGAUCAAGACCAUUCUGAGUGGUUUCAUUAUUCGGGGCUAUCUGGGCAAGUGGACUCUUUUAAUCAAAACCGUCACUUUGGUUCUGGUGGUAUCUUCGGGGCUCAGUCUGGGCAAAGAAGGGCCACUAGUUCAUGUGGCUUGUUGCUGCGGCAACUUUUUCAGCAGCCUCUUCUCAAAGUACAGCAAAAACGAAGGAAAGAGACGAGAGGUGCUUUCGGCAGCCGCGGCGGCAGGUGUCUCUGUGGCCUUUGGAGCACCAAUAGGUGGCGUCCUUUUCAGUCUAGAAGAGGUGAGCUAUUACUUUCCCUUGAAGACUCUCUGGAGAUCUUUUUUUGCUGCCCUUGUUGCCGCCUUUACCCUGAGAUCUAUCAACCCAUUUGGAAACAGCCGCCUGGUUCUUUUUUAUGUGGAGUAUCACACGCCUUGGUACAUGGCAGAACUUUUCCCCUUUAUUCUGCUUGGUGUUUUUGGAGGCUUGUGGGGGACACUGUUCAUCCGAUGCAACAUUGCUUGGUGCAGGAGGCGGAAGACCACCAGGUUAGGGAAGUACCCAGUCUUAGAGGUCAUUGCAGUGACUGCUAUCACAGCUAUCAUUGCCUAUCCAAAUCCCUACACAAGGAGGAGCACCAGCGAGCUCAUCUCAGAACUGUUCAAUGACUGUGGCGCUCUGGAGUCCUCACAGCUCUGCGACUACAUCAACGAUCCCAAUAUGACGAGGCCUGUGGAUGACAUUCCUGACAGACCAGCUGGCAUUGGAGUAUACAUGGCUAUGUGGCAGCUAGCCCUGGCUCUGGUUUUCAAAAUCAUCAUCACAAUAUUUACCUUUGGCAUGAAGAUCCCUUCAGGCCUUUUUAUACCCAGCAUGGCUGUAGGGGCCAUAGCUGGUAGAAUAGUCGGAAUAGGAGUGGAGCAAUUGGCCUACCAUCAUCAUGACUGGAUCAUCUUCAGGAACUGGUGUAGACCAGGAGCCGAUUGUGUUACCCCAGGACUUUAUGCCAUGGUGGGAGCUGCAGCCUGUUUAGGUGGCGUUACCAGGAUGACUGUCUCUCUCGUUGUGAUCAUGUUUGAGUUGACAGGAGGACUAGAGUAUAUUGUGCCUCUCAUGGCAGCAGCUGUAACUAGCAAAUGGGUAGCUGAUGCCUUUGGUAAAGAAGGAAUCUAUGAGGCACAUAUCCAUUUGAAUGGCUAUCCAUUUCUGGAUGUGAAGGAUGAAUUCACUCACCGAACAUUAGCUACUGAUGUUAUGAGGCCUAGACGUGGAGAGGCACCCCUCUCGGUCCUGACCCAAGACAGUAUGACCGUAGAAGAUGUGGAGACAUUAAUUAAGGAAACAGAUUACAAUGGCUUUCCAGUAGUUGUUUCUAAAGACUCUGAGCGGCUUAUUGGCUUUGCACAGAGACGGGAGUUGAUUCUUGCUAUAAAAAAUGCAAGACAGCGCCAGGAUGGUGUAGUCAGCAAUUCCAUUGUCUAUUUUACUGAAGAGCCUCCAGAACUUCCUGCAAAUAGCCCUCACCCGCUAAAGCUCCGGCGAAUCCUCAACCUGAGCCCCUUCACUGUGACAGAUCACACACCAAUGGAAACAGUGGUUGAUAUUUUCAGAAAACUUGGUCUCAGACAGUGUCUUGUCACACGCAGUGGGAGGCUUCUGGGCAUUAUAACCAAAAAGGACGUGUUAAGGCAUAUGGCUCAAAUGGCAAAUCAAGAUCCUGAAUCCAUCAUGUUUAACUAGGUUGGUCCCAGAGGACAGGCAAGGAUCUAAACUUUUAAGGAACAUUUGCUGGACUAAUAGAAGAGGGUUUUGUACAGCACUUCAUUUCUUGUGUUAAAUUGCAGAGAUUUAAAUAAAUAGAACCAUAUCAGGGCAGAACCAAAAUUUAUGACAGAAUGCAACAUUAGAGAGAGAAGAAGGCAAGAUUUUUUCAGAAACUCUGCUCGGUGGCAAAUGUUAAAUUAUUUCUCCUGAUUUGGUCUGGGCUACAUAUUGCUGUUGUCAUGGCAAAUUUUCCAUCCAGCUCAACAUCCCCAUAGCUAACAGUAUUAAACAGCAGUUGCUUUAUGAUCUGGGACCGUUGUCACAUCAUUAUCUUCCCUGCAUGGGUCACUGGAAAACUGUUGAGAGGGAGAAAAUUCAUUAUGUGACAGCACAGAAUCAAAAUAAUACAGUUUAGGAAAUGGGAAGCUUAUCAUGGAGUUUGAUCCCUAUGGAUUAAUAUAUAAGUCUUGGGCAAGUAAAUUAAUUGCUUGGCUGGUGCAUUAACAUGUGUAAUAGGGGUUCUGUUGGGAACAUGGAGGUUUACCACCCCUAACAUGAUAAGGAGACAUGGGGAAAUAUCAAGAAUAUUGCUAAGUAGAAUUUAAUGGCAAAUGCAAAAUGCAGUGUUCAAGAGAACUGGAAAUGAGUCAUUUUUUCUCUUUAGUUCACAUUUCUAAGGGAUUAUGUUGACAUAUUUUCAAGAAAUACAUGAUUUUAUGAAGAAAUCUGUUGCUUUUUCCUAUCUGCUGUAGAAAAUAAGAGAUGGUGUAGAAUCAAAGCCAUAUUUCAGCUAACUUUAACAUGUUUUGGACUCCUAGUUUCAUCUUUCUUCAGUUCUCAAGAUUAAAUCACCAUAAUGUGAUCUCCUGUUAAACUUCUCUCUUCAACAUAUCAGAAGUACCAAAUCCUAGAUGUUUUUCACUUUGACUUCCCUUCCCCCCCCCUUUUUUUUUCAGGACAAGGAGCUUGUAAAUAGCCACAUUACUUUUUUAAGGAUCCCCGUUAAGGAUCUUGAGGAUUUUUGUCAUUCAGCUUUUAAAACUCCUAACUAGUAUCCAUCAAAGUGAAUAGUAUUUCUUCAUUCUCUAUGCAAAGGUUGCAUCAUAUUUAGUUUUAUCUCAUAUUGUGCUUUUAUAGUAAGAAAGACCUUGUAACUCAAUGUUUUCUGUAUGAUGAAGGCACUUCUGUAAUUUCGUUUAUUUAUUUUCAUUGAAUUAGUUUGAAAUGGUUUGCACUGGCUUGAAGGUUCUGAUGUUUAUGUUAAAUCAAAAGAUAAUUUUGCACUCUUUGACCUGGGCACAUGGAUUGUAUGAAAAAUCUUGUAUCUUCACAGAAAGACAGAAGGGUUUUCAUUCAUGAGAUUGUUGUUGUUGUUUACUAGUAGCAAAAUGUGAAACAAAAGAAUAUACUCAGGUAUUUAAGGAAGUAGAGACACAGAGACACCAAGCAGUUUUUCUAGUUAAGGACUUUGAUCUGAGUGAACUAUCGCUCCACCAAUAUGAUGCAUACUCUAUUUUAAAUGGUUUGUGGAUAAACUUGCUGAUCUAUGCAUUUGUAUGAUCUCUGCUGCCUUUGUGGGUAUGCUGUGUACUGUGCCAAAUAAUUACCCUACAGCAACAUCCAUGACCUUAGAGACCUGGAAACGUAGGCUGGAAAGUAAAGCUGUUUAUGACAGCUUUGCAGUGGCAUAUAAAAUAUAUUGGUACGUGGCAGUCAUGGAAUUUCAUUUCCUUGAAGUAUAAGGCCAAGUGUGCAACACAAACGUUUUUUUGCUGAUUUUGAGAAGAGAGAAAAACUGACAGAUUCCAAAACUUUUAAGGGUGGGAUGAUGGCGAUGACAACAGGAACAGAACUUUAUAGACACCUUAGCAGAGCACUUAUAUAUAUAUUUUCCAUGUCAAGGAAGCUCUGUGGAGUCAAGUUAUGGAACUGCUAUGAGCAGCCUUGUGUCCUUCCUUCCUUGUUUGCAAUACAGCAAACCAGUGGAAAUGAUGCUUUGCUAUAGUAUCACCUAUAAUGAUAGGCCCCCUUCACCUUCACCAUUACUAGAUUUCAACCAGUCAUCAGAAAAACCACUCCCUGAUUUUUACAUGGUCCUGCAAAAGUGGAAUGUAGGAAUAUUUGGCCCACCAGGUAAAUGAGGCUGCCUGGGCCAGCCAAAAAGGCAGCCGUG